AUGUUCUUGUUAGUAAUUCUAUUCCUAAUCAGCGCUCUUGGUCUCUGUAUAUGGCUUUUCUACGAAAAUGUGAAACGCUACCCAAAAGGACCCACACCUGUUCCACUUUUUGGGAAUCUGCUAUCGGUAGAUUUUCGAAGACUACAUGAAAAUCUUUCCGAAUAUUCAAAGAUAUAUGGUAAUGUGUACACAAUAUGGUUACCGUUACCACAUGUGGUUAUCACAGAUUACGACCUUAUAAAGGAAGCAUUUUCCAAGAAAGGUGAUGACUUCUCUGGAAGAACAAAUGCGUUUCCCGAUACCCUUUUUCAAAACGUCGAAAAUGGAGGAGUUAUUUUCUCUCAGGGUGAUAAUUGGAAGGAACAAAGACGAACAUCAAUUCAUAUUUUAAGAGAUUUUGGCAUGGGAAAAAAUCUGAUGGAAGAGCAGAUCCUUCUAUCCGCCCAAGAAUUUCUUGCCCACAUGGAAUCCAUCAAGGACAAAGACGCAAUUGAUCUUCGGCAUCCAGUUCAGGUGUUCAUCGCCAACAUCAUUAACAAGACGCUAUUCGGCUUCGGCUGCGACUAUGACAAUAGCGACCGUCUGAUGGGUCACGCUGACCAGUUAACCGAAUUAUUUAACGCUAUGAGCAAGAGCAGAUUGACAAUGUUCGCUCAGAUGUUCCCUUUCCUAUUUCAUGUACCUGUUAUCGGUUAUUGGGCAAAAGGAAGAUUUGAGCGCAUGAUAUCUGGGAUGCUGAAGAACAUUAAGGAAGAUGUGGAACGCAGUUUGAAAAAUUACAACCCAGACGACGAGCCAGAGUGCUUCGUGCAAGCUUAUUAUCAGAAAAUGCAGACAAAUAAGAAUUUAGAUUAUGGAAACCUUCUCAAUGUAUGCAUGGAUUUCUACCUGGCUGGGAUGGAAACAACUACAACCACACUUAGGUGGAGCACGCUAUUUAUGGCUACUAAUCAGUCUAUUCAAGACAAAAUUCGUCAAGAAAUCAUGUCUGUUCUUGGACCAGAUCGGAAACCAACCUCCAACUACAAGAGUCAAAUGCCAUAUACCAUGGCCACUAUUCACGAGAUUCAGCGAUGUGCUAAUAUUAGUUCACUAAAUGUGAACCACCGUACUACCAGGGACACCAGCAUUGGCUCCAUUCCAAUUCCAGCAAACACCUAUGUGAUUGGGCAUAUUUACCAUGUCAUGGCUCAUUCUCCCGUUUUCAAGGAUUCUAUGCAAUUCCGACCGGAAAGAUUCUUGAUGGAUGAUGGGAUCACACCUAAUAAGGAAACGGUCGAGCAGAUGUGUCCAUUUUCUAUCGGAAAAAGGCAGUGUGCAGGAGAAGCUUUGGCCAAGGCGGAGCUUUUCGCUGGAUUGGUUACCAUGCUACAACACUAUAAGAUUGAGCCGGUUGAGGGAAAACCCGUGGACAUGAAUCCGAUCUGUGCUAUGGUUCUCCUACCGAAACCGCAACCACUACGAGUCACUCCAGUGGCAACAAAAUAG